CGGCCCCCGGGUCCGCCGCGGGGCUCGAGCGCGGGCCGGGGUCGCCGGUUCGAGCCUUCUGCCUGCGCGGGUCUGGGAGCUGGGCAGCGGGGGUCGCGCCGUCCGGGCCGCAGCCCCGCGCCCUCCGCUCUGUUUCUACACCCUUGCGCGGAGACUUGUAACUAGUAAUUAAUUCAACAAACGGACCCUUCUGCGUAUCAGAAACUGCAAGGAGUUGCUAGCCCAGUGGGGCAGGCGGACUGGAAGACCAGGAAGGCCAGGCCCCGGGCAGUGUGACACUGCCCUCUGUGACCAUGAAACUCUGGGUAUCCAUGUUGCUGGUGGCCUGGUUUGGUGUCCUGGGCUGUGUGCAGGCUGAAUUCUUUACUUCUAUUGGGCACAUGACAGACCUGAUUUAUGCAGAGAAGGACCUAGUGCUGUCCCUGAAGGAGUACAUCUUGGUGGAGGAAGCCAAGCUCUCCAAGAUUAAGAGCUGGGCCAACAAAAUGGAAGCCCUGACCAGCAAGUCAGCUGCUGACCCUGAAGGCUACCUGUCCCACCCUGUGAAUGCCUAUAAACUGGUGAAGCGGCUAAACACAGACUGGCCUGCGCUGGAGGACCUUGUCCUGCAGAACUCAGCUGCAGGCUUUAUUGCCAACCUGUCAGUGCAGCGACAGUUCUUUCCCACUGAUGAAGAUGAAACGGGAGCCGCCAAGGCCUUGAUGAGACUUCAGGACACAUACAAACUGGACCCAGACACAAUUUCCAAAGGGGAGCUUCCAGGAACCAAGUACCAAGCAGUGCUGAGUGUGGACGACUGCUUUGGGAUGGGCCGCUCGGCCUACAAUGAAGGAGACUAUUACCACACAGUGCUGUGGAUGGAACAGGUGCUGAAGCAGCUCGAUGCAGGGGAGGAGGCCACCACAUCCAAGGCCCAGGUGCUGGACUAUCUGAGCUAUGCCGUCUUCCAGUUGGGUGACCUGCACCGUGCCCUGGAGCUCACCCGCCGACUGCUCUCCCUUGACCCGAGCCAUGAACGAGCUGGAGGGAAUCUGCGCUACUUUGAACGGUUGUUGGAGGAAGAAAGAGAAAAGAUGUUAUUGAAUCACACAGAAGCUGAGCUAGCACCCCAGGAAGGCAUAUAUGAGAGGCCUGUGGACUACCUGCCCGAGAGGGAUAUCUACGAGAGCCUCUGUCGUGGGGAGGGUGUCAAACUGACACCCCGAAGGCAGAAGAGGCUUUUCUGUAGGUACCACCAUGGCAACGGGACACCACAGCUGCUCAUCGCCCCUUUCAAAGAGGAGGAUGAGUGGGACAGUCCACACAUCGUCAGGUACUACGAUGUCAUGUCUGACGAGGAAAUCGAGAGGAUCAAGGAAAUUGCAAAACCCAAACUUGCACGAGCCACUGUUCGUGAUCCCAAGACAGGUGUUCUCACUGUUGCCAGCUACAGAGUUUCCAAAAGCUCCUGGCUGGAGGAGGAUGACGACCCUGUUGUGGCUCGGGUGAAUCUUCGGAUGCAGCACAUCACAGGCCUAACAGUAAAGACUGCAGAAUUGUUGCAGGUUGCUAAUUAUGGAAUGGGAGGACAGUAUGAGCCACACUUUGACUUCUCUAGGGGCCCCCUCUUUGUUGCUGGAGAAGCCCAAGUCCAGAGCCAAGUGCAGCCCGGCUGUUUCCCCUGUGAGAAGGAUGAGCAAGAUGCUUUCAAGCGUUUAGGGACGGGGAAUCGUGUGGCCACGUUCUUAAACUACAUGAGUGAUGUGGAAGCUGGUGGUGCCACUGUCUUUCCUGAUCUGGGGGCUGCACUUUGGCCUAAGAAGGGCACGGCUGUAUUCUGGUACAACCUCCUGCGGAGUGGGGAAGGUGACUACCGAACGAGACAUGCUGCCUGCCCCGUGCUUGUGGGCUGCAAGUGGGUCUCCAAUAAGUGGUUCCAUGAACGAGGACAGGAGUUCUUGAGGCCAUGUGGAUCAACAGAAGUUGACUGACAUCCUUUUCUGCCCUUCACCUCCCUGGCCCCACAGCCCAUGUUGUCUUCAAGUUCAACGUGACAGACCCCCUCUACUUUCCAGCCCUUGUCAGGCGGGUCUUUGGUGGCGUGAAUGUUUGUCUGGAGCAGAGAAGGUCCUGGGGAAGGUCCUGGGUGACUUGGGUGACCUGGGUCCCAGCCUCACCAGUCAGCUAUCUCUGGCCGCAAGGGUAGGGUUGGAGCAGAGUCAGGUGGUCUAGCACCUAGCAAGGUGCUUUUGUACCUCAGAUGCUUUAGGUGUGAGAUGUUUCAGUGAACCAAAGUUCUGAUACCUUGUUUACAUGCUUGUUUUUAUGGAAUUUCUAUUAAUGUGGCUUUAACCAAAAAAUAAAAUGUCCCUGCCAGAAGCCUUAAA